AUGAAUUAUUAUUCUAUUCGACAUCUAGCACAACUACACACAACAUCCUUGAUAAAAGGGCGCAACACGGGCGCAACACGGUGGGUGGGAUCAGUUGUCAGUGAGAUCAGUUGUCGAUGGGAUCAGUUGUCGAUGGGAUCAGUUGACGAUGGGGUCAGUUGUCAAUGGGAUCAGUUGUCAAUGGGAUCAGUUGUCGAUGGGAUCAGUUGA